UGACAACCUGGGUACUAGGCAGAUACAAAGAAAGCGGACCCACACCAUUGAUGAUGAGUUCAAUUCCGUUGCGAGGUUAUUCAAAAGAGUUCCCACAUUGUAGGCGGGGUGUCAUGCAGUACAGAGUAUACUCUCACUUCCUAUCUUAUGAAGCUGCCACACAAUUCUGCUUUGAAAAACGAGGGGAGUUGGCACAACCACUCACUAAAUCCUUAAACAGCUGCUUGGCGGCCACCAUCAACAUCAUUGAAAAGAAUGGAUAUAAGAGUGGAACUAACUUCUGGCUAGGUAUCAAAGGUGACGCUGACAUGAAGCAAUGGUGGUACGUUGACUCGGAGGAUGAAAUUGGUUAUUCAAACUGGGCAGACGUUGAUACCAAGAGAAAGUACGGCGGAUGUGGCGUGCUGCUCCUUAACCAAACGGGUCACUGGGGCUCCGAAGAUUGCAACAAGCCACACAGAUUCAUAUGCCAAAGUUCACGGUCUAGACUGCGCACAGUCUUUAACCCACGGCGACUUGCUAUUACCUAUGGUGCGGGACAACAAACCGUCUAUUCGCUUCUCGGAAACGAAGAAUUGCCUAAAUGCAAUGUAUUAUCAGAAUCUCUCCUGGCUCCACGUAUGACCUUAAUGAGCACGAAAGGCAACAAGAUGCCUGUAAUGGUUAAAUCUCAUUUAAACUUUCAAUACGACCUGUAUAUCACUUGGACAAUCAUUAAUCACUGGCAACAUCCAUACUUCACGACUGCCGACACCGGGAAAUACAAAUGCCAUUUUGGAAAUCUAACCGCCCGUGAUUCGUUUAUGCUAUAUGUAAUAGAACGCAUAGCUUGGAAGCAUACCCAACAAAAACAUUAUGUGUUCGAUAGCAUUGGCCAACUGUGGACUGUGACCUUAGAAGCACUUGGAACAGUGAAAAUGAUUGGAUCGUGUUCUAGCGAUGUUACUCUUAACACCUCAUCAACACGUUUUGCAAACCUGCCUUACAAUGCUACAGCAAGGCUUGGAAAAAUCUACUUCACGUUUCGGGGAAAUGACAGUGCCAUUCUCAGCCGGUUUUCCUCUGACAAUCCUAUAGGCGUGGUGUUUAACUUGUCUUGCACCGUAAUGUACAGCUCUGCCGUCAAUUGCCACCCAUACAUUCCUGGUUCACUUUAUAAUGUCCGGAAAUGGCCUGCCGUGUAUUUAUGCCGGCAGAAAGCGCGCCCGGUUACAAAGAGCUUUCAAGUACUUGUGCAAGCACCUGGAUGUCAGCCACUCCACACCCUGGUGAUGAACUUAGAGCCCUCAUUUUCAUCAAGCAAUAAGAGAGGCGCCAUUGUUCAACCUAAGUGUAUAUCUGGACUGAGUAUAGUUAACGGAUUUCACAAUGUUGAGUGUCUUCCUAAUGGAUUGUGGAGUGGACUACCGGAGUGUGAAGACCUGAGGAUUCGCCUUGGCAAUUCGAGCACAUCUCUGACAUUGGAAUACACAAACGAGACGCAUGCAGUCCCAGUUGAAACCAUUGGAAUGCAUGACAUGGUUAUCAGUUGCGAAUCCUCUCUUCCGAUACACACAAUUCAGUCAUCAACAUCAAACACAGCCUUUGAACAGUCUCACAAUGUUACAGCUGAAUAUAACCUCAUGUUUGUGGGGAAUGAUAUUAACAUACCAAAGUUGACCCGAGCCCAUCCCCAAGGUAUUCGAUUCCUCAUCUAUUGCACAACAGAGUACAAGGUGAACUUUCCUCACUCGAGAACUGAUAAGUUUUGGCUGGUGAACCGAGCUGAGACCAUAGCUGAUUUCGCCAAGUAUCGUCUCUCCACCUCAAUCUCAGUGACACUGCAAGCACCCGGAUGCAAGCCCCUUAACACCCUGGGUUCGGAUCUGUUCUUGAAUGUCUCAGCACCAAGCAAUGUGGGGGCUGUUGUCAACAUGACGUGCCCUCCGCCAGCGUCCUUAACGAAUGGAGUAGAACACAUGGAGUGUCUCGCCAGCGGGUAUUGGACCACGUUACCAAUCUGCGCAGUUGCAAUCGCACCGCAACGCUCGCACAGGACACUGUUCAUUGCACUACUCGUGCCAGCAGUCGUACUGACUCUCGGUGUCUUGCUGUAUGGGUGGGGAAUCCCCUUUGUUAAGCUCAAAUCUGGUUAUGAUGGAAGGGAACUUCCUAGCGUCAGACUCACGGAAGACGAGGCUAUAGAAUUUGUCCGGUCCGGAUCUCCGACAUCAUGCAAACCUGACGAACCAGACGAACCAUCAGAACUUGAAGAAGACCCACUCAACAUCGAAUCUUGAUGUGCACCUCUUUUGCUCACUCUCAUUCUAAUGAUUUGUGUGUAUGUUUGUGUGUGUGUGUCUGCGUGUUUCUGCGCCAGCUAGUUUGAUUUGUGUACAAAUAGGCAAGAUACUGUUGGGUGUGAUGUCAGCGCUCUCGGAAGGUGUAAACAUAUUGCACCUUCAAGCAAUCCAGUCCAUUGGCAGCAGACCCAACACCAAUUAUGGCUUUCAUUGUUUGUUGGCUUAUGGGUUCAUAUACCUUCCUUUUUCUCUUUUUUUUUAAUGGAUACAAGCCACUUUAUAAGUUUACAUACCUGCUAGGCUGCUGCCUGUUGAUAAAACCACAUCAUGUGUGUUUCCCUUCAAUC